AUGGCCUCUCCCCAAGACAUCGAAGCUCCCGCCAUGACGGAGAAGAAGAUUGCCAUCGUGUCGGACCAGGACCAAUCCGACACGACCAGUGAGAGAAAUGGCGAAACUGACCUCGUCGCCGUUGAGGGCCGGUACACCAAGGAGGAAUACCACAAGCUCAAGAGAAAGGUCGACAAGUACCUCCUACCUCUCAUGUGGUUCUGCUACGGCAUCCAGCAAACCGACAAGACGGCGCUCGGCACCCAAGCCAUAUUCGGUCUCCGUCAAGACACAGGCUUGAAGGGCCAGGAGUACAGCUGGCUCACAACAAUCUUUUACAUAACCUACAUGUGCUUCGAGUUCCCAAGCAACAUCGUCCUCCAACGCUACAAAAUGGGCCGCACCCUCUCCGUCUACAUGAUCUGCUGGGGCAUCAUCGUGCUCUGCAUCGGCUUCGCACAAAACUUUACCCACCUCAUCGUCCUCCGUGCGCUGCAGGGCGCCUUUGAGUGCUGCAUCUCGCCCGGCUUCAUGCUGCUCGUCGGCACGUGGUACAAGACGCGCGAGCACGCGUCGAGGUCGCUGGUAUUCCAGAGCGCCAACGCCGGCUUCGGCGUCAUUGCCUCUCUCAUCAUGUACGGCAUCGGAGCGUCGACGCAGCACAAAGAAGGGGCCCAGCCGUGGCGGUACAUUUCUUUCUUCUUGGGUAGCUUGACGACUGCCAUCGGCUGUCUCUGUCUAUUCCUCCUCGGCACGCCUUCCGAGGUGAGGUGGCUGACGCAGGCCGAAAAGGACAUGGCGAGCGCGCGCAUCAUUUCCAAUAAUACAGGCCAUGACCGCACCGCCAUCAAAGGCUGGAAGUGGAAGCAGGUCGUCGAAUGCCUCCGCGACCCCUGCUUCUGGUUCGCCGGCAUAAACGCCUUCCUCAGCUCCGUACCCAAUGGUGGGCUCACGACUUUUGGCAGCAUCAUUAUGACUUCCUUUGGCUUCAACAACCUCCAAACCAUCCUCAUCGACAUCCCCCGCUCCGUACUGUCCGUCAUCAUCUUCGUCUGCGUCGGCCUCCUCACCAGCAAAAAGCCCAACCUCCGCCUCUGGAUCAUGGCCGCCUCCAUGCUCCCGCCCUUCGCCGGCUUUCUCGGCAUGUCCCUCCUGCCCAACGACCCGGCCAUCAAGUGGACAAAGUGGGGGUGCUACUUCAUCACCGUUCCCUUUGUGCUCGGCCUCUUCCUCGCCUGGACCCUGAUCCCGAGCAAUAUUGCGGGCCGCACCAAGCGCACCAUGACGUCCAGCUUCACCUUUGUCGGAUAUUGCGUGGGCAACAUGGUCGGCAGCCAAAUCUUCAAGGCGGCCGACGCGCCAAAGUACACGCCCGGCACGAUUGGGUGCGCCGUCUGCUUCGGGUUGGAGUUUACGCUCAUUCUGACGUGGCGGUUCGUGCUGGUGAGGAGGAACAGGAAGAGGGACGCUGCCAUGGCUGCGGAUGGGUUGACUGUGGAGGAGAGGGCGCAGAGGGGCAAGGAGCUUGGCGAGCAGGAUUAUACCGAUUUCGAGAACCCUUACGUGAGUAUCCAUCCCUGUUCCCAGUUGCUUUGA